CAAUUAUUUAGAAUAGUAAUUUGAUAACUAAAUAAGUUUAAGGCCUUUCUCCAAACGUCUACAGCAAACAAAAAAAAUAAAUGUAUAAAUAGUUUUAAAAUUACUUUUGCUAUGAAUCUAGAGUUACUUGAAUCAUUUGGUCAAAAUUAUCCGGAGGAAUUCGAUGGUACUCUUGACUGUAUAUCCUUUGCAGUUACGUGCGCAUUUAAUAAGCAUGGCACUUUAUUGGCGGUUGGAUGUAAUGACGGUCGAAUCGUUGUUUGGGACUUUCUGACGAGAGGUAUAGCCAAGAUUAUAUCGGCCCAUGUACACCCAGUUUGUAGCUUAAGUUGGACACGUAAUGGGCACAAGUUAUUAUCAGCUUCUACGGAUAAUAACGUUUGCAUUUGGGACGUAUUAUCUGGCGAUUGUGAACAUAAGUAUCGGUUUCCAUCUCCCAUCCUUAAAGUUCAAUUCGAUCCUCGAAACGACAAACGAUUUCUUGUAUGUCCGAUGCGAUAUGCUGCUGUUCUUGUACACAUUGGCGAUACUCAUAAAUGUCUUCCUCUCGAUUCAGAUGGGGACUUAAAUAUUGUAGCUUCAUUUGAUCGACGAGGGAAAAAUAUAUAUACUGGUAAUGCUAAAGGAAAAAUUCUGGUUCUUGACGUAGACACUUUAGAUAUUGUGGCUAGUUUUCGGAUUAUUGUUGGAACUUCUAGUGCCACUGCAGUGAAAAGCAUUGAAUUUGCCCGCCGUGGAGAUGGAUUUUUGGUUAACACAUCUGACCGUGUGAUAAGAGUAUAUGAUUCUAAGGAAGUUCUGGCACUUGGCAAAGAUGGCGAACCCGAACCCAUACAAAAACUACAGGAUUUGGUUAACAAAACAACAUGGAAAAAAUGUUGUUUUUCUGGCGACGGAGAAUAUAUUUGCGCUGGAAGUGCUCGACAACAUGCUUUAUACAUUUGGGAGAAAUCCAUUGGAAACUUAGUAAAAAUUCUUCAUGGCACAAAAGGUGAAUUAUUACUUGAUGUUGUAUGGCAUCCCGUACGACCUAUUAUUGCCAGCAUUAGUUCAGGCUUGGUGUCGAUUUGGGCUCAAAACCAAGUUGAAAACUGGUCAGCAUUUGCACCUGACUUUAAAGAAUUAGAUGAGAAUGUUGAAUAUGAAGAACGAGAAUCAGAAUUCGACAUUACUGAUGAAGACAAAUCAUUAGAUCUGAAUGCAGAUGCUAAGCAAGACGAAGAGAUAGAAGUAGAUGUCUUAAAAAUUGAACCAGUUGCGGCAUUUUGCUCAUCUGACGAGGAAGGUGAAGAUGAAAAUGCUUUACAAUUUUUGCCAAUGGCACCAGAAGUUGAAGACCCCGAGGAUGGAUGGGCAGUUCAGGACGGCUUAGAAGGUACUGCAACAAAAGACAACGAAUCGGCCGGUAUCUCCCAGGACUACACUGAUACAGUUCCCAACAAAAAACGAAAACUUAAUAGUUAUGAUAUAAAUCUACCAGAUGCUCCAACGGAUGAAAUUCAUCCACUUGUGUCCAGCAAAACCAAUAAGGACAAACAAGCUGCGAGCGGAAAAAAGACUGCUGGACGACCCAAAAAGUAGUGUUGUUUUACUUUCUAUUUAUUUUAAUUUUAACAAUAGUUUUUUUAUACCCACCACUGUAAGAUGGGGGUAUACUCAUUCUG